AUGGCUCUGUGGAAGAGAAAGCUGCAGAUCUCCACCAGACGUAAGAGGAAAGCUCCUCCUGAGGCAGAGAAGACAGAAGUGCUGAGUGAAGAUCUGCAGCAGGUGGAGAAGCGUCUGGAGCUGGUUAAGCAGGUGUCUCACAGCACUCAUAAGAAGUUGACGGCAUGUCUGCAGGGUCAGCAGGGUGUGGACGUGGACAAGCGGUCCGUCCGCUCGCCUUCAGUUGAAAUUCCCAACAUUCAGAAGCAAAGAAAACAUUUAGCCAAACUGGUACUGGACAUGGAUUCUGCUCGUACACGGUGGCACCAGUCGUCCAAAUCCUCAACUCUGACUAAUAAGGACACGCCUACCGGGGCCAAAGCCGACGCCCUCAGGGAGGAGAUGGAGGAGGCGGCCAAUCGCAUGGAGAUCUGUAGAGAUCAGCUCUCGGCGGACAUGUAUAGUUUCAUGGCCAAAGAAAUUGACUAUGCAAACUACUUCCAGACGCUGAUCGAGGUUCAGGCCGAGUACCACAAGAAGUCUUUGGAGCUGCUCCAGAACGUUCUGCCACAGAUUAAAGCGCAACAGGGUGAGAAUCAUGAAGAAUCGGAAAAAGAAGGAACUGAAUAA